AUGGCUACCACAUUGGCCCAGGGCUUGCAAAAAGCCCAGCAAAAAGUCCAAGACGUCUCCUCCAAAGACAAGAAGGUCGUCGAUCUGGAGCCCGACACCGUCAAUGUGCAUACCGACCAGCCCAUGACCACCGAUCAUGGCGUGCGCAUCAGCAACACCGACAACUGGCUGCGCGCCGUCGACAACCAGCACUCCGGUCCCUCCAUGUUGGAAGACCAGAUCGCGCGAGAAAAGAUCCACCGCUUCGACCAUGAGCGCAUCCCCGAACGAGUCGUCCACGCCCGGGGUACCGGCGCCUUCGGGACCUUCCGCCUCAAAGAAAGCGCCGAAGACGUGACCUAUGCUAAGGUCUUGACGGAUACCUCUCGCAGCACGCCGGUGUUUGUGCGGUUCUCGACUGUCCAGGGUAGCAAGGGCAGUGCCGAUACCGUGCGUGAUGUGCGAGGCUUCGCGACGAAGUUCUAUACCGAAGAAGGCAACUGGGAUAUCGUCGGCAACAACAUCCCCGUCUUCUUCAUCCAAGACGCCAUCAAGUUCCCUGAUUUUGUCCACGCCGUCAAACCCGAGCCACACAACGAAGUCCCCCAGGCGCAAACCGCCCAUAACAACUUCUGGGACUUUGUUUACCUGCACCCCGAGGCCACCCACAUGUUCAUGUGGGCCAUGUCCGACCGUGCCAUCCCGCGGUCCUACCGGAUGAUGCAGGGCUUCGGCGUCAACACCUUCUCGCUGAUCAACAAGGAAGGCAAGCGACACUUCGUCAAGUUCCACUGGCUCCCCCAUCUGGGUGUGCACUCGCUCGUCUGGGACGAGUCCCUCAAGCUGGCCGGCCAGGACCCAGACUUCCACCGCAAGGACCUGAUGGAGGCCAUCGACAACAAGGCCUACCCCAAGUGGGACUUUGCCAUCCAGGUCAUUCCCGAGGAGAAGCAGGACGAUUUCGAGUUUGACAUCCUCGACGCCACCAAGGUCUGGCCCGAAGACCAGGUGCCGCUGCGCGUCAUCGGCGAGAUGGAGCUCAACCGCAACGUCGACGAGUUCUUCCCGCAGACCGAGCAGGUCGCCUUCUGCACCAGCCACAUCGUCCCCGGCAUCGACUUCUCCGACGACCCGCUGCUGCAGGGCCGCAACUUCUCCUACUUCGACACCCAGAUCAGCCGUCUCGGCGUCAACUGGGAGGAGCUGCCCAUCAACCGGCCCGUCUGCCCGUUCCUCAACCACAACCGCGACGGCCAGAUGCGCCACCGCAUCACCCAGGGCACCGUCAACUACUGGCCCAACCGCUUUGAAGCCGUGCCGCCCGCCGGCGAGAACAACAACAACGGCGGCUUCCAGUCCUACCCGCAGACUUUCACCGGCUCCAAGCGCCGUGCGCUGAGCGACAACCCCCACGAAAAGGAGCACAUCAAGAAGGCCUUCUCCUUCGAGCUGGACCACUGCGAUGACCCCACCGUCUACGACCGCAUGGCCGGCCACCGCCUCGCCGAGAUCGACCUACCACUGGCGCAGGCCGUCGCCGAGAUGGUCGGCGCGCCCAUCCCGCAAAAGCAGUUGAAGGCCAACCACGGCAAGAAGGCGCCGGGGCUCUCGCAGACGGAGUUCCCGCCCAAGAAGCCGACCAUCGAGAGCCGCCGCGUCGCCAUCCUCAUCGGCGACGGCUACGACCCCGUCGCCUUCUCCGCCAUCAAGGCGGCUGUUACGGCGGCCGGCGCCCUGCCUUUCGUCAUUGGCUUGAAACGCUCCGCUAUCUACGCGGACGGCGAGUCCAAGGAGACGUCCAAGGGCGUGGUCCCCGACCACCAGUACGACGGCCAGCGGUCGACCAUGUUCGAUGCCACGUUCAUCCCCGGCGGUCCGCAUGUGUCCACCCUCCGCAAAAACGGCCAGAUCCGCUACUGGAUCACCGAGACGUUUGGCCAUCUGAAGGCGCUGGGCGCGACGGAUGAGGCGGCGGAGCUGGUCAAGGAGACGCUGGGUGCCGCGCUGGACGUGCAGGUCGCCACGUCGACGCAGCCGGAGCCGCGCGAGUGGUAUGGCGUGGUGACGGCGGCCGCGAAGCGCAAGCCGGAGAGCUUCAAGGAGGGAUUCCAGAUGGUGAAGGAUGCCAAGGACUUUAUCGGGAUGUUCUUUUACCAGAUCUCGCUGCAUCGGAACUACCAGCGCGAGCUGGACGGGCUGAGCUCGACGGUUGCUUUUUAA